AUGGAGCAACAGACGCUUAAACGCCUUAUCCAAGCACGUGGUCGGCUAAAGGCUACCAUAACUCGCUUGGUCAAUUACAUUGAGAAUCCACCUCCACAGAGCACUUACUCCGGAGUCGAUGCCAUGCUGGCACGGCUAAAUCAAGCCUUCAGAAGCCUUGAGGAGAUCACUGACGAAAUGCACCUGUACGAUAACGUUGAAGGUUUCGAGGAUCCUACCGAAGAUUUCCAAUCGUAUGAGGAGAAGUACCUGCGCGCGCUUACCUUAUUCGCGUCGUUAAAGAGCGAACUUCAGCCAAGCGCCAUACCUCAAGCGGAUCACAACAUGGCCACAUUGCUGCAACAGCAAAGUGAGUUCUUGCAGCGACUUGCUGAGAACGGAGCAUCUACCUUGGCCACGCCGCCGCCUGCUGCAGUUUGUUUAAAUGAAAACCCGUUGCCGAAAAUCCACAUCAAACCCUUUGGUGGAGACUACAAGGAAUGGCCAGCCUUCAAGGACAUUUACGAGAGCACCGUCCACAAUAAGACCCACCUGGGAAAGAUUCAGAAGUUUCACUACCUUAAGUCUUUCAUAGUUGGUGAAGCGGGCAAUCUUCUCAGUCACAUGUCCAUUACGGAAUCAGCUUAUGAUUCAGCAUGGGAACGCCUCAAUGAUCGCUAUGAUCGCCCAAGACAUAUCGUGAACUCCUUACUGGACACUUUCAUGGCACUGGCUGCUGCCCCCAACGGCGAGGUGUCUAAUCUACGCAAACUUUCUGAUGGCGCCAAUGAAAUCAUUCGUGGGCUAGAUGCAGUUGGGGAGACAAGCCGUGAUUGCUGGGUGAUUCAUCUUGUACUGGCUAAAAUUGUUCCCGACUCUAGAAGGAAGUGGAUAGAGGACACCAGAGGCUCUGCGACACCAACCGUUGCAGACUUGUUUAGAUUCCUUGAUGACCGUUGCGAGGAUUUUGAAUUAAGCCAAGCUACAUCGGCAAUCAAACUCGAUCCUGGCAGUCACACGGACAAGCCUGCCAAAGCGAAGCGCGCACUUAUUGCAGUGAACCGUGGCAAUUGUAGUAAGUGUGGCUCUGCUGACCAUCAGCUGUAUAGAUGCUCUCAAUUCCAAAAUCUGAACACCGAACAUCGGCGCUCCUUUGUGAAAGGAAAGUCGCUUUGCUUCAAUUGCCUACGCCCUGGCCACCGAUCUUCACAAUGUCAAUCGAAACAUUCGUGCAAGCACUGCAAAGGCCGUCAUCAUUCUCUUGUACAUCCUGAAAACAUGGAUUCCGUGACAGUUGCUCCUGCGGACACUGCACAGGCCAGUCCUCAAACUUCUGGAUGUAGCUCAACUUUGGUCGCCCAGACGCAAAACAGCAACUCAUUAACACAGUCACCGGGACUCAAAAGAAGCACAUUGCCCACAGCUUUGGUGUAUGUCCAAAACUCAAAAGGGACUUACACAAUUUGUCGUGUGCUUUUGGAUAGCGGCUCUGAGCUAUCCUACGUUUCUGAACGAUGUAUCAACGCACUUGGGCUCGCUCGUUCACCCUCAAGAAUUCUAGUUUCCGGAAUAUCUUCCGUCAAGGCCGAAACUACUAGAGGAUUGGCAACGCUGCAUAUCAAGUCAAUGGUGUCACUUCACACGAUUGUUGUCGCAGCCCAUGUGCUGGGCAAAAUCACAUCAACACUUCAACGGGACGACAUUGACGAAACAGCUUUAAGGAUCUACGAUGGACUCCAGUUAGCCGAUACUUCGUUUAACACAUCUUCACCCGUAGACAUUUUACUGGGAAAUGAACAAAUUUGGUCCGUUUUGUCAGGCGAUAAAAAAUAUGACACCGAUGGAAAUAUUAUUGCCAUCAGCUCUAUCUUUGGAUGGAUAAUCACUUCAGUUGCAAUGCCGCAACCAUUAACCGCCAACACGCUCAUGACUACUGUUGACAUUAAUGCCUCUCUUCAACGCUUUUGGGAGAUCGAGGAUAACACUGAGCAUACACAACGAGACCCUGCGCACGAAAAGGUAGAGCAGCAUUUUCUGACCACACAUUCCCGAGACCCAGACGGCAAAUACAUCGUUGAAUUGCCUUUUAAACACGAAUGCCAAGAGUUCGGAGACACCCUGCAGGGCGCUGUCUCACGCUUCUAUGCUGUGGAACGUCGUCUGCAGCGUGAUAUGGAGCUACGCAAGCUAUAUUCAAAAUUUAUGAGCGAGUAUCUAAGCCUAGGUCAUAUGCGUAAGCUGCCCCCUGAAGAAUGCAACACAUCAGCAAAAACGUUUUAUAUGCCACACCACCCAGUUCUAGGAAAGAAGCUGCGCGUGGUAUUUGACGGGUCAUAUGAAGACGUAAACGGACACGCUCUAAAUGACGCCUUACACAUCGGACCCAGCAUACAACGCAACCUUUUUCAUGUAUGCCUUCGCUUUCGAAUGCACAAGUUUGUGUUUUCGGCGGACAUAGUUAAAAUGUUUCGCCAGAUCUGGGUUGCCCCUAAGCACCGCAACUUUCAACGCAUCGUAUGGAGAGAGGCUCCGAAAGAUCCUCUUCAACACUUUCAACUCUGCACAGUCACCUAUGGAACAAGCUGUGCACCGUUUCUUGCUGUCAGAGUACUGGAACAACUAGCGCGAGACCACCAGGAUGAGUUUCCCACAGCCUCAAAAAUUGUGCUUGAGGACUUUUACGUAGACGAUGUCCUCACCGGCGCUGAAACUGAAGACGAAUUACUUAGCCGCCGCGACGAACUCAUCCAGCUGAUGUCCAGGGCUAAGCUUGAGCUUGGCAAAUGGGUGUCUAACAGUAGCGUCAUCCGCCACAUCCGGCAAGACGAGCUCCAAAUAACCAGUGCGGUUAAAGUUUUAGGAAUGCUAUGGAAUCCCCAAGACGACGUCCUGUCCUACAAAGCUUCGCUUUCUACGGAGCCAGAUGCUACUAAACGGCAAGUAUUGUCAGAUGUCUCACGAAUUUUCGAUCCUCUAGGUAUUCUGGCGCCUGUGGUAGUACAGUUCAAAAUCCUUUUCCAAGAACUCUGGCUACUUGACCUGGACUGGGAUUCAAAACUCCCACCGAAACUGGCUGAGUGGUGGCAAACCUGUCGCGACGAUAUCAACUACAUAACCAACCUAAGGAUUCCACGAUAUGUACACAGCGAACCGGGAAAAAUCGAAUUACAUGGAUUUUCAGAUGCAUCUAUAAAGGCAUAUGCCGCUGUCGUUUACAGCCGCGUAAGCAACGCAGACGGCACCUGCUUGGUGUCACUUAUGGCAGCUAAAACACGCGUUGCGCCACUAAAGCAACAAAGUCUUCCUCGGCUGGAACUCUGUGGCGAGCUAUUGCUCACUCGCCUUCUCCGAGCUGUUAAAGAAGGCUUGCAUCACAAGGAUAUAGUUGUACAUGCUUGGUGCGAUUCCACGAUUGUCCUUUCGUGGCUGUCGCACACCCCAUCGAAGCUGAAGACCUUUAUUGCCAACCGUACUUCGGAGAUCCUAGAUGUCAUACCACGCAGCGCAUGGCAUCACGUUGGCUCAAAGGAUAACCCUGCCGAUUGCGCAUCGAGGGGAAUGCUAGCAGCCAAUCUCAUGAGCUAUGAGCUGUGGUGGAAGGGACCACAUUGGCUACACCUCAACGAUCUGCUUGCUUCAAAGCUGCGUAGUGGCAACAAUCUCACAACAAUUUUGGACACGCCCAUAAUGGAUGAGCUGAAAUCCUCUUCACUAUCCAGCCGUGUUGAAUCUGAACCUGAAGCGUCCCCGAUUGAGUGUCUAUCGUUUCGAGUUUCUUCCUGGACCAAGCUGAUUCGCUGCACUGCUUAUGUUUUACGGCAGGCUCAAGGAAGCUUCUCAUCCGAUCUACACCUGUUGCAAAGGGGAAAAGCUGUGGCAAAUUCGUCAACACUUCGAACACUGUCACCCAUGGUUUGCAAGAAUGGCCUGCUUCGCGUAGGUGGGCGCCUCUCAAACUCGCUACUACCGGAGGAAAUCAAGCAUCCAAUUAUUCUGCCGAAACAUCAUCGCAUUUCUCUGCUUAUUUUGGAACACGAGCACAGGAUACAUCUUCAUCCAGGUGUGACAGCACUUUUCGUCAUCGUUCGCCAACAAUAUUGGAUAGUUGGCGCACGCAACAUGAUUCGUAAGCUUACACAUGCUUGUCUCAAAUGUUUUCGCCAACGCCACAAAACAACUGAUCAAUACAUGGCGGACUUGCCAGCUGUUCGGGUACGUCAAGCAUACCCAUUUGAAAAUACUGGGUGCGAUUAUGCCGGACCGCUUCUACUCAAGGUGCACAAGGGACGGAAUCCACGAAAGGAAAAGGGAUACAUUUGUCUAUUCGUCUGCCUAGUAACCUCUGCAAUUCACUUAGAGCUGGCUACAGAUCUCUCCACGGAUACAUUUCUUGCUGCACUUCGUCGUUUCACCUCCCGUCGAGGCAAGUGUACCCACAUCUUCAGCGACAACGGUCGCAACUUUGUGGGAGCAAAGAAGGUGUUAGACGAAAUGUAUAAGCUCAUCCUAUCACAGCAGCAUAACACUCAAGUAACUCAAGCGUUGGCUAGCGAGGGUAUCAAAUGGAGUUUUAUACCACCGCACGCACCCCACUGGGGCGGAAAAUGGGAAUCAGCUGUUCGCUCCGUAAAGCUGCAUCUGCGUCGUGUCAUCGGGAAUUCCAUCCUCACAUUUGAGCAAAUGCACACCCUUCUGGCUCAAAUUGAAUCCGUCGUCAAUUCACGCCCACUCUUCGCUACGUCAGACAUCGAGGUUUCCUACUUAUCACCCGCACACCUGCUGAUUGGACGCCCUUAUACAUCACUUCCAGAGGGCGAUCUUGGCCACAUAGCAGUUAACCGACUGGAUUACUGGCAAAAUGUACAGGCAAUGCUACAAGGCUUUUGGAAGAGAUGGCAUCAGGAGUACCUCACUACACUUCAACAGCGCCCUAAGUGGAAUACGGAGAGGAAGAACAUUGCUCCUGGGGAUAUGGCGAUCAUUAAGGAUUCAAACACACCCCCCGCCGCUUGGACUUUAGCGCGCAUAAUUGAAGUCUACCCAGGCAAGGACGGGCUGGUACGGGCCGUAAAGCUGCGAACUUCAUCAGGAGAACUUGUUAGACCCAUUUCUAAAAUUGCCAUCCUGCCUAAUUCAGAAACUUAG